GAUGAAUGUUCCCCGGUAACAAGGAAUAAAAACUCUCACAGUGCCAGGAGCAAGCAUCCAGUCAUGAUGGCUUUCUUUUGGCAACGAGCAGUGGUUUUGAGCCUGGCUGCUGCCAUGUUGGUCUAUGCAGACAUGAAGCUGGACUGCAGGCCCGACUCGGUGACGGUGGUGUGGACAGAGGGCCGAUCCCAGGCUGAUCUCUCGCUCUUGCGUCUGGGAAGCUGCUUCCCCACCAGCUUCUCGGCCACCCAGGCUGUUUUCAGAGUGGAUUUCAAUGACUGUAACUUCAGGAGACUGGUAACUGGUGAUUACUUGAUGUACAGCAAUGACCUGACCUACGGUUCUUCUUCUGACUCUCAAUCUCCGGCCUUCACUCAUCCUGUUGUCUGUGCCUUUGCAAGGCCGAAAGACUGGUACCCCAUGAUUUAUGACCCUGUGUUCAGUACACACGGUGUGGGUCGUCUAGUGUUCCACAUUGGCCUCAUGAAUGAUGACUUCUCGGGCCCCGCUGAGUCCACUACCUUCGCUCUAGGCUCUUUUAUCCCAAUCAUGGCCAGCGUGUCACAGAAAACCCAUCAGCCCUUGCUUCUGCUUCUUGAGGAAUGCGUAGCAGCGACCACACCGGAGCUGCAGCCCGACAGCCCUUCGUACCCGAUAAUCGGCAAUAAGGGAUGUCUUGUGGACAGCAGGGUGUCUGGCUCCAAAUUUGAACCAAGGCAGAAGUCAUCAGAGCUCCAACUAUCCCUUCAGGCUUUUAGGUUUGGUCUUGGUCAAGAGGUGUUCAUCCACUGUAAACUUGUGGCUUGGGACCCCAACGGUCUUGACAGCACCAAGAAGGCCUGCCACUACGUCAAAGAGCAUGGCUGGGAGCUGCUGGACAACUACGCAUACAGCACUCUCUGUGACUGCUGUGACUCUGACUGCAAGUCCAGGAGGACCAGGAGUAUAGAAUCAGGGACUCGUGGAGUGGCACAAAAAGCAGUCCUUGGACCACUUACCAUUACUGAUGCGACUUCUUGAAGUUCUCUUAGGGACUGGAUUCAUGUUGCAACUUCACUCCGAAUUGUAUAUUUAUUUGGACUCUUCAAGGCGUAAUGCUCUUUCCUGUUCAGAUUCUAAUGAAGUCAUUAAAGAUGUAACUUUUAUGCUCA